UAUACCAAAAUUGUCCCAUCCAUCCAAAACAAUACCAUCGUAUUCAACUCUAUACAACUAAUCAAAACUAUCUAACAAAAGCACUCUUACUUUCUGGCCCGCAAGUUUCGCUCUCAGCGAGCCCAAACACAACCCGGGAAAGCACAGCAGAAUCAAAAUUCGUAAUCCGUCACAGGAAUCGAGGCCAAAUCCUCCUUCCAUCUCCUCCCUUUUCUACGGAGCAGCAUUUUCGUUUCGUAAAAGUAAUUUUUUUUUGCUGCGUCCCGCGACUCGUGUCACCUCUGGUGAAUGGAAGGAGCAAGGAGGUAGGAGGGAUGGGGCGUGUCGAUUGGGUUUGCGGUUGAGGGAAGAAAACAUUCCAUUUCCAGUCCAGUCCUUCCCCCCACUUUCCCCACAAAAACCCUCCGCUCCACUGCUGAGAUCACCUUUUCGUCAGGCCCGGCCCUAAAACUUCAAAACCUAGGCUGCUUCCGGCCCCGGCGAGCCCAAACGCCGAAGAGCGCAACGCCGGCCCUCCCUCCAUCCGGACCCCCGCCCGCCGCUCCUCUCGCGCUCCGGUGGAGCGGAGAUCCAUCCCGGACGCGGAUUGGCCUCCUCGUUUGCUGUUUGUUUUGCAGUAAAAUAGUUCAUGUAUGCAAAGAUGGAACCAGAUAUGUUUCUGUAGCAGUGAAUGAUAUAACACUAGUAUGGAUAAGAACGGAAUAUUAUCUGAUGGCAAGUUAAAAAAGAUGGAAUCUGUUCCACCAAAUGGACAGCUAGAAGAUGAUGAUGUAAUGAUUACUGAAUCUGAAUGGGAUGAAACUAAAGCUGGAGCAAAAUCUAGCAUAAGAGACGGUCUCUUUAAGGAGCAUAAGGAGCCUGAGUGUGGAACAAUGUAUGAUGGUGUGCAUGAAGAGGUAUCCAUUACUGAUGAUGUUUCAGAGACCGACUCAUAUGAAUUCUUUCUUCGCGAAUCAGAUAAUGAACCAGCUUCAGCAUCUGAAGAAGACAUUGAGGUACCCCUAACUGAGGAAGAAGUCGAAGAAUUGGUUGCUGAAUUCCUUGAUGUUGAGAGCAAAGCAGCUGAAGCGCAAGAGUCACUUGAAAAGGAGUCACUGGACAAAAUUGAAACUGAAGUAAGAUUGGAGUUAUCAGAGAGGCUUCAAGGAGAUGAGUUGGAAUCAGCUGUGUCAACUGAGAUGGAGCAAUUCAGGAAGCAGUGGGAAAUUGAACUUGAUGACCUGGAGAUCCAUAGUUCUAUUCUGUUGGAACAACUUGAUGCUGCUGGAAUUGAACUUCCCAGACUCUUUAAGUCAAUCGAAAGUCAAGUUCCAAAUGUUUGCGAAACUGAAGCAUGGAAGAGCAGGACCCAUUGGGCUGGUUCUCAGGUGCCUGAAGAAGCUAAUCAAUCAAUCAAAAAAGCUGACAAGUACCUCCAGUCUUGCAGACCUGUAAGGAGAAAACACGGAAGGCUGCUGGAGGAAGGUGCUAGUGGUUUUCUUGCUGGAAAAGUUCCUGUUGGGAAUGAUGAUUCUAUUCAGUGUCAUGAGAAAAGUUGGAGUUCAUUCAAUGAACUUAUUAAAUCCAAGGAGAGUGCCGAAAAUAGUUUUGGAAGCAGUAACUGGGCAUCAGUUUAUCUUGCAAGCACCCCCCAGGAAGCUGCUUCCUUAGGUCUCCAAUUUCCAGGAGUUGACGAGGUGGAGGAGAUAUCUGAAGUUGAUAGUGUCUUCGCUGACAUAAAAGGUGUUGAUGAAAUAGAGCUUUCUGAGGAACAGAAAAGGAAAUACAGAAAGGUAAGGGAAGAGGAUGAUGCAAAAAUAAUGAAGUGCCUGCAGCGUCGUUUGAAAGGAAGAAGGACAAGAGGGUGCAAGGAGGACUUUGGUUCGGUCUCAUCAUCAAAUGGAUGCUAUGAGAAGCCUCCUCCAUCAAAAAAUGAUGUUUUAGGUGCUACAAAUGGCCUUCCUUCAUCUGAAAAGCUCAAAACUGAUGAAAACGAAGUUUCUAUUGAGAUGUUGAAGCGCACACGUGAAGAUGAUGAUGAGCUUGAUCAGAAGAGGUUGAAAACUGUAAUUAUAGAAAGUGAUGAUGACAUGCAGAUAGAUGGCAAGCCAGCUUUGCAUAAGGAUGGUGAAUGUAGUUCGGGAGAAGUUGAAAAGGUGGUUGAUAUCAUUGAUCUUGAUCUUUCCCCAUCACAAAGCCCAAAGCUCAGCGAUAAGAGUUUGUCUAAAGCUUUCAAGUGUACUAUUUGCACUGAAAUGUUGAAUGCCUCUGAUGUGCAUCGCCACCCUGUACUGGAUGUUACUGUUUGUGGAUUAUGCAGAUUUCUGGUGAUAGAGAAGAAUCGUCUUGAGGAUCCUGUAUCUGGUGGUUAUUGCACUUGGUGUGCGCAAAGCGAACAACUUCAGAGUUGUAGUUCUUGUAAGCUGCUUUUUUGUACAAAUUGUUUGUCAAAGAAUUUAGGUGAACAAUGCUUAUCAGAAGCUAAAGUCACUGGCUGGCAGUGUUGCUGCUGCAUACCCAGUCAACUGGAACUUUUAAUAUCUGAGUGUGACAAGGCCCUCAGUGUUGAAUCUUCUGAUCCAGAGAGCAGCAACACGGAGCUUUCUGGACCGGAAAACAAUGGUCCUGUUAGCAAGAGGAAAAUGAAAAAGAGGAUAAGAAGAAUCAUUGAUGAUACAGAACUUGGGGAGGAAACAAAGCGUAAAAUUGCAAUGGAGAAGGCUAGGCAAGACCAUUUGAAGUCCAUGCAAGAGCAAUCUGCCAGCAAGUUAAGGAGUGAGAACAUUGGAACUUCCUUUGGAGCUGUAUCAGAAGUCUCUCUAGAGGAUGCUGGGGAUGGACAUAUAGUUAACCUUGCCAGGGAGGAAGAUGAGGAACCUGUUAGGAUUCCAAGCAGCAUGUCUUCUAAACUGAAGCCUCAUCAGGUAGAAGGAAUAAGGUUUAUGUGGGAAAAUGUUAUUCAAUCUGUUAAAAAGGUCAAAUCUGGGGAUAAAGGUCUUGGGUGCAUUUUGGCGCAUAACAUGGGCCUUGGGAAAACCUUUCAGGUUAUUACAUUCCUGUACACAGGUAUGAGAUAUGCUCAAUUGGGAUUGCGCACAGCACUUAUAGUUACCCCUGUUAAUGUUCUGCAUAACUGGAGGAAAGAGUUUACCAAGUGGCGUCCAGCAGAACUGAAGCCUCUUCGUGUAUUUAUGUUGGAAGAUGUUGCAAGGGUGAAAAGGCCGUAUUUACUAGACAAAUGGCGACUAAAAGGCGGAGUGCUUCUCAUUGGUUAUUCAUCAUUUAGAAACUUAUCCCUUGGAAAGCAUGUGAAGGACAAAAAUACUGCAAAUGAUAUUAGUUAUGCUUUGCAGUGUGGGCCAGAUAUUCUUGUAUGCGAUGAAGCACAUAUGAUAAAGAAUAGGAGGGCCGACAUUACGCAGGCUCUGAAACAAGUAAGGACACAAAGAAGAAUUGCGUUAACUGGAUCUCCGUUGCAGAAUAAUUUGAUGGAAUAUUAUUGUAUGGUUGAUUUUGUCAGGGAAGGUUUUCUUGGGAGUAGCCAUGAAUUCCGAAACAGGUUCCAGAACCCCAUUGAAAAUGGGCAACACACGAAUUCAACAUCAGAUGAUGUCAAGGUCAUGAACCAACGAUCCCACAUUUUGUUUGAACAACUGAAAGGUUUUGUCCAGCGAAUGGGCAUGAAUGUUGUGAAGAAUGAUCUACCGCCAAAGAAGGUUUUUGUUAUUACUGUAAAGCUCUCUCAACUGCAGAGGAAGCUAUACAGAAGAUUCUUGGAUGUGCAUGGUUUCUCAAGUAGUGGUUAUUCAGAAAAAUCACACAGUUCCUUCUUUGCCAAGUACCAAACAUUAGCCCAGGUAUGGAAUCAUCCGGGGCUUCUCCAGAUGGCUAAAGAACAGAGAGGAAAUUUGCGCCAAGAAGAUGCGGUUGAGAACUUUCUGAUGGAUGAGAGCUCAAGUGAUGAUAAUGUUGAAAAUUCCUUGCCUAACGGAGAGAAGCAGAAGGAUAAAACUGAUCAGCAGUCCAAGAAAAGCAACUUUGUAAAUGAGGAAGGUAACUGGUGGGAGGACCUUCUAGAUGAGAACACUUAUAUGGAAGCAGAUUACAGUGGCAAAAUGAUCUUGCUCCUUGAUAUCCUGUCAAGAAGCUCUGAAUUGGGCGACAAGGUAUUAGUGUUUAGCCAGAGCUUGACCACUCUGGAUUUAGUGGAAUUUUAUCUGUCAAAAAUGCAAACCAAAGGAAAAGAAGGCAAACAUUGGAAGCGAGGGAAGGAUUGGUACAGGCUUGAUGGGAGCACUCCAUCUUCUGAUCGACAGAAUCUUGUUGAGAGGUUUAAUGACCCUGAAAACACGAGAGUGAAGUGCACAUUGAUAUCUACUCGUGCCGGAUCUCUGGGUAUCAACCUUCAUGCUGCAAAUCGUGUAGUUCUUUUGGAUGGUUCAUGGAAUCCAACACAUGAUCUGCAAGCCAUUUAUCGGGUUUGGAGGUAUGGCCAGACCAAACCUGUAUAUGCUUACCGCCUAAUGGCACAUAGAACAAUGGAAGAGAAAAUAUAUAAGCGGCAGGUGACAAAAGAAGGGCUUGCAGCAAGGGUGGUAGAUAGACAGCAAGUUUCUAGAACAAUCUCCAAGGAAGAGAUGUUGCAUCUUUUUGAAUUUGGUGAUGAAGAAUUAGUGGAGCAGAGCGAGAAUAGUUCUACCAUGAUUGAUUGCCCUAAAGUUGUUACUGAGAAGCCAUCCACUUCUAACACCAUUGGAACUUCUGAGCUUGUCCCGGUGGACAGGCUCAUGCUGAACCUACUCAGUGAACACACUCGGUGGAUUGCAGGUUACCAUGAACAUGAAGCUCUCCUACAAGAAAAUGAAGAAGAAAGGCUUACGAAGGAGGAGCAAGACAUGGCCUUGUCAGAGUGGGAGGCAUUGAGGAAAGCUGUACGUGACCCCGACAGAAAAUCAAAUACGACAGCUAUUCCAACAGAUUCCAACCUUGUGCAGCCACCUAAGGUUACUUCAAGAAGCCGGCAACCACAGCAACCUAAGGUUAAUUCAAGCAACCAAAAGAAGUGCAACAACUUAACCCACUUGCUGACUCUAAGAAGUCACGGCACCAAAGCAGGGUGCACAACAAUUUGCAAAGAAUGUGACCAGGAGAUCUGUUGGGAGACACUGAACAGAGAGGGUAGGUCGAGGUGAUGCUAGACGACUUGGUCUAUGUGGCAUUUCAGCUACUGAUUUUUUUGGUUCUUUUGUAAAUGUUAACGUUCAGGUAGCACGUAUACGUAGCAUAUGCGCGUAUUAAUGUAUAGAGAAGUAGUGAGGAAAAUGAAACUGGCUCUUCUGGUCCACAUGGUAGACCGCAUCACUCGCAAUUGAAAUUUGGCAUGACUGAUGAAAUAUAGUUGUGGCAGGAUGACCGUUCACUUUA